AUGCUGGCACAUGAAGAUGCCUUCGCAGAGGAGGCGCAAGAGGAGAUCAGACUGGCUGAGGAAAGCCAUGCAGAGUCUACCACAAACGCAAGGUUCCAUAUCAGCGACAGUCAAGAUGAUGAGGAGGACGAGAUGAGUCCUCUGAUGAGCCCGGACCAGCGUCGAAACAAACCCACCGCAUAUGCAAGGACUCGCCCAAGUUUUGAAAGGGCGAUCAAUGAACCUUGGAACGGCGCCCACGGCUCAAGUGACCUCCCCUGGUACAAGACCCCUUCUAUAUUUUGGCUGCUUCCUGCGUUCUUCCCCUUCUGUAUCGCCUUUGGCGGCAUCAUUGUUCCCAAGACAUAUCUCGUCCUCGACCUGAUCUGUAAGGACUAUCUCUCGGAGCAAGCAUCAGAGAACCCGAACUUCCACUUUCUACCGGUUGUGCUAGGCGAGGAGAAUCCUCAGUGCAGAGAUCCCCACGUGCAAGCCCGGGUGGCCAACUUCAAUCUCUAUGUCAAUCUUCUCAGUGGAAUGUUUUCCGCCAUAAUAUCUCCCCAUCUAGGGUCGCUUUCAGACCGUAUCGGACGAAAGAAGGUCAUGGUCACUGCUUCCCUGGGCGCGUUGGCCGCCGAAAUCAUCACCAUCAUUGUCGGCCAGACAAACGGCCGGGUUUCUGUUUACUGGUUGCUUCUUGGAGGUCUCAUCGAUGGACUGUGUGGCUCGUUCACCACGGCUUUGGCCUUGGCCUUUGCCUAUGCGUCCGAUUGCACCCCUCCCGAACGUCGAGCUGUCGCUUUUGGCUAUUUCCAUGGGAGUCUCUUUUCUGGGAUUGCGUUGGGCCCAAUCGUAUCGGGCUAUCUGAUCAAGGUGACGGGGACCGUCAUGAUUGCGUUCUACCUCGCUCUUGCGUGUAACGCAUUUUUUAUCGUCUUCACCCUACUUGCUGUGCCAGAGUCUCUCUCCAAGGAGCGACAACUGCUGGCACGAGAGAAAAGACAGUUCGCGCGCGCCGAGCUGCCAGACAGUGACUGGAUCAGCACCAUCAAGAACUACAACCUCUUCGAACCACUUUGGAUUCUGAGGCCGAAAGGCGAAGGCUCGAGCUCGGCGUUGAGGAAGAACUUGUUUGUGCUCGCGGCCAUCGACACGAUGAUGUUCGGCGUGGCCAUGGGAACCGUGCAGAUCAUGCUCAUAUAUGCAGAGUACCGCUUCGGUUGGACUGCCGUCAACUCCAGCAUGUACCUUUCUGCUGUCAACGUCUGCCGCGUGCUGGGUUUGGUCCUGAUCCUGCCGCUACUCACCAGGAUCUUCCGGGGACCGGGCCAAAUGCACUCAAAAGGACACAAGGGCUCGGAUAUGCUCGAUAUUUGGAUUAUCCGGGGAGCCAUCAUUUUCGACCUGGUAGGGUACAUUGGCUAUGCUUUCACCCCAUCUGGUGCGAUCAUGGUGCUUUCCGGCAUGAUCGCAUCUCUCGGUGGGAUUGGCUCGCCGACCCUCCAGUCUUCUCUCACGAAACAUAUCCCUGCCGACCGGACGGGCCAAGUGCUCGGUGCCUCGGGGCUUCUGCAUGCUCUGGCACGAGUGGUCGCACCGACGGUCUUCAACCUGAUUUACAGCCAGACAGUGGGCAUCUACGCCGGGAUCGUCUUCAUCUGCUUGGCUUCGAUUUUCGUCGUUGUUUUCAUUCUCAGUUGGUUUUUGAGGCCGAACGUCUAUCUUGCGGAGCCAUCUGCCGUCCAUCUUGAUUCAUCAGAGGGUGACGAGGACCACCUCGAAUGA